AUGAAUAGCCGCGCUAGUUCUGCAACCGCGGUCGUGUCCCCCUUGGAGGACUUUCGAACGAGUCGAUAUAUCAAGCCAGACGUCCUGCCAGAAGAGAUUCUCGGAGAGGGUGACACGCCCCUCAAGGAUCCAACGUCGAGAGUUCCAGCAACAGGAAAUGUUCUGCAAGGUGCAGCUUACUCCUUCGACCCUGAACCAAACGGGCCGUACUUCUCCAUUCCUCUGAAGAAGACAGGCUCCAGGGCCCCACCGACUCGACGAGGGACUACGAAGGAGCUUAUUGGUCGUUAUGAGUCCUUGUCCUCGAGUCAUGCUAGUCCCGGAGGGACCACUCUUACGAAAACAAAAACCCGAUUAUCCUCUGCGACGACUAGAAUUGAAGUACCACAGAGACUGGACGAGAGGAAAGGGAAGGGACGAUCGCCUAUUCGCCAGUCUUUCCGCAAUCUUCUCUCGGUCUUCAACAAGAAAGGGAAGACGACACGCGAUCGGUCGCUCUACGUCUCCGAUCUGCUCACUCCGCCAGAGGAACAGGAAACCAGUAGAUACGAUGAGAGCGAGGGACUUAUACCACCCCCUCCGCCACCGACGAAAUCAUUUGCGGCACCCCUUCCUCCAAUCAACACCGAUCCGGGAAGUUUUUUGUCGCCUGCGGGGGGUUUUGAACAGCCUGCGUGCACUACCCCGCUGCCACUCUACACUGGGACGCUUCUUUAUCUCUGCAAGCCCGUGACGCCUGACGGCCUCCCCGUGUGGAUUAGCUGCAACGCAGCUCUCCACAGUACGCAUAUCGUCUUGACGUGGUUCUCAGCCCUGGGGAACCCCUCGACGUCACUCGUCCAGCUAUCCCAGUGCACAGAUGUGCGUUCGCUUGCAAUUGGCGACCUAGAUGCCGCAGAAGGCAGCAUGCUGCCUGAAGACCCGGACUUCAAGGAACCGAAAGUCUUCGAGCUCUUAUUCGAAGGCAAAGCUAGAGAGAAGUUUGCUGUUGCGUCGGUCAAAGGACGGGCCAGCUGGGUCAGCGCUAUAUGGGAUGCGAUACUCCAGACUAGCGCGCAGAGAACGCCGUCCGUGCGCAGUCCGCCCGCUGGGCCGCAAUCCGCCGUCUUGAUACCAGAUCCCUUACACCCGGCAGCUCGGAAUCAUAUAGAAACAUCGAAUCAAAGGGACGCGAUCGCGGGCGACGAGGAGAUGAAGCUACCAGCAUCCCCGCCCUCCCGCUCAAUCGAACCAGCGAAGGUCCAGCUAUUUGAUCCCCCGGUGCCAAGGACAACUCCGCCACCUCUAACUCCUGAUAAGUCUACGUAUUCACGUCUACCUACACCUGGAAGACAGAGCCCGUCUGUUCGUAGCCUCGAUCAGAUGUCUAUUGUUCAGCAACGCUUGGCACAGCUCGAGCGUACGAGCUCCAUGAACACGCCAUCGCCGUCUUCAGCCAAGUCGACUCGCAGCCGUCAAAUUGUCUUUCCGCCGGUAUCGCCCGUGAACGAUAUACCAAGGCAGAGCAUCCUUCUACGUCAUGGGACCAUAUCCUCCAUCGGUCAAGACUCCAUCGUUGAUUCCUGCGGCAGCAGAAUUCAGUCUCCACUAUCUCCCGAGUCGGGAAGGCUGCCAUCCAUACCAUCUGGUCAGUCGUUGGCGAUCGAACAUGGUUCGUUCAUCGCCAGGAUCUCGCGACUGAAUCCCCCACGGAUCCCCGAGAACCCAGAUCUCUUUUCUCCUGCGUCCCAGUACUCGGACGUGGCCAAACCGGCCAGUCCAGCUCCCGUGCUGUCGGUGAACACGGACGUACCAGGGAACCGGCCUGUCGCUACCACUCCGACUCGUCUACUUGCAGCAUAUAGACAACCUGCAGGUCCUCUUGAGGCCACGAAUGUUCCGCUACGCGCCAGGACCCCUCCUCUUCCUGUAGCUUCGCCGAAUAUUGAACCUACUAGGAAUCCAUCUCCGGCCACUUUAGCUGUCCCUCCUGUUCAGCAGCAGCCGAUCAGCCCACCAUCUCCGUCUCAGCCGCAGUUUACGGUGCUCCCAGAUCCAGAGCAGCAUGUACGCCUUUCGAAAAUCCGCGACCAAAUCUCCGAGAUCCAGGAAGAAAUGCACAGGCUGCCUAAGACGUUAGGAGCCGUCGUUGCCGAUCUGUCUCCUACCGUGCUCCCAGCUCUGCCUCCGAAAGACGACGAAGCGGAGAGGCUUUUGCUCAACAUAGACGAGAGCGUCAAGCGCAUCGAGGGGCAGGGAGAGGUUAACGCACAGGGCCUCGCGGGCAUUCACGCAAAGGUCGAUGCCAUCAUGGCUCUCCGCAAGGCCGACGUGUCUGCGCCAGCCGCACCAGCAAUGCCACAAGAGAGGGUGGAUGCUAUCAUCGCGAAGCUCGAGGAACUUGGUGUGCAGAUCAAGAACGAUCUUCCUGCUUUGUCCCAGAAGCUCGAGGAGCCCGCGGCGCAGAGGGCCGAGCAACUCUUACAUGAUGUUCCUUCGGCGGAAGCCUCAGUAUCGCCUGCACUGCCGCCUCCGGCUGUCGCACCUGAGGAGAUGGCGAAGUUUCAUGAGAGGCUGGAGGAAAUUCUUGCGGCAGUCCGAGCAUCUCAAGUCGCCCCGCCCGCAGGCCCUGCCUCAGGCAAGGAGGAGCCAUCCGUUGUGGAGACGGCAGAUGUUGUUGUGCCCGCAGCUCUUCCCGCGCUCGAAGAGCUACUUGCUCUGGUCAAGGCCGAGAAGGAACAGCGAGAGACUCAGAUGGCGGCACAGGCGGACAGCGCGCGUUACUUGAACGAGCUCAAUUCCUGGCUCGAGACCUUCGUCAAGCACGGCACGUCUCAAAUUGAGGCCGUUGCGGCGGGUGUGCAGAACCUCUGCAAGGAGCUCGGACCUAUCGAAGCGGUUGGCGAAGACGGUCGUUUAGUUCUUCAGGAUGGGUGCAACGGGAGUCUACUCUCAGACGUCAGGCAGCUAUUGGCAGAGAACAAGGGGAGCGACGACGAGGUCGCUGCACUCCGGACCUCUAUCGACGGCUUGGUGGCUGCUGUGCACGAGAGCGCGCAUGCGGCCGAGGCUAGAAAUCAAUUUCGUGAGUGGUUUGGUUUACAGCUGUGUCCUUUUGGGGACUUUACUGAGCAUCACGAUUCAGCAACGGACACUAUGGUUGCUAUGGUCGAGCGGCAGAGGCAGGAUCAGGAACACAUGCUCAAGACAUUGGCGACGGAACUCUCGAACGACAUACGCGGCGAGCGACUGCGUUUCGUUGAAGCAAUGAAGGAGGCGACGACCAUCAACGUACAGAUCCACGUCGAAGAGUUCAAGAAGGAACUGACUAGAGAAGUGUUGUCCAUGACGCAAGAAGUGACUCGCCUUCAGCGCGAGCGGCAGGCCUUGGAGCAGCAGAUCGCCGACCUGUUCGCGUUCUAUGCAAAGCAGAAGCAGGCGAAUGAGGUAAAUCGCCGUGAGACUUCCUUGAACGCGGCAAUGUCACUCAGACAGUUUAAGCAGGGUGGGAAGAAGAAAGGGCGGCCUCCACCAGAAGGCGGACCACUCCCCAACGCCGCAGGACGUCGACCGCUUCCAAGUCCUGGUCAGCAUGGACCGAUGCCGGGUGCCAUGUGA